AUGUUUCAAGCCUUCCCCGGAGACUACGACUCCGCCUCCCGGUGUAGUUCGUCGCCGUCGGCAGAGUCCCAGUACCUGUCAUCAGUGGACUCCUUUGGCAGCCCCACGACUGCCGCUGCUUCCCAGGAGUGUGCUGGCCUUGGUGACAUGCCUGGCUCCUUCGUGCCCACGGUCACUGCCAUCACCACGAGCCAAGACCUCCAGUGGCUGGUCCAGCCCACCCUCAUCUCUUCCAUGGCUCAAUCCCAGGGCCAGCAGCCAUCUCUGGGCCCCCAGCUGCCCACUGUCGACCCAUAUGACCUGCCUGGCACCAGCUACUCUUCCCCUGGGAUCAGCGGCUACGCCAGCGGUGCUGGACCCUCGGGGGCAACUUCAGCUGGUCCUCCACCCUCACGUCCUGCACGGGCCAGACCUCGACGGCCCAGAGAAGAAACGCUCACCCCUGAAGAAGAGGAGAAGAGGAGGGUCCGGCGAGAACGGAACAAACUGGCUGCCGCCAAAUGUCGGAACCGAAGGCGAGAGUUGACAGACCGUCUACAGGCGGAGACAGACCAGCUGGAAGAAGAGAAGGCAGAGCUGGAGUCAGAAAUCGCCGAACUCCAGAAGGAGAAGGAGCGGCUGCAGUUUGUGCUGGCAGCCCAUAAGCCAGGCUGCAAGAUCCCUUUUGAUGAGGGGCCCGGGCCAGGGGGCCCCCUGGCCGAGGUGAGAGCUUUGCCUGGGCCCACGCCCACUAAGGACGAUGCGUUCGGGUGGUUCCUGCCGCCGCCGCCCCUGCCCUUCCAGACCAGCCAGGAGCCCGGCCAGGAGGGGCCCCCAGACCUGACGGCUUCUCUCUUUACACACAGUGAGGUCCCAGCCUUCGGCGACCCCUACCCUGUUAACCCUUCGUAUACCACCUCGUUUGUACUCACGUGCCCGGACGUCUCCGCAUGCGGCGGUGCCCAGCGCAACGGCAGCGACCAGUCCUCUGACUCCCUGAACUCGCCCUCCCUCCUUGCUCUGUGA